GAAUGCCUUCAUAAACAUUUCUGUCGAGCUGAAUGUCUUGACAUCACCACUUCACAAGAAGGAGUUGAUUGUGAGGUUAACUGAUGAAACUGAUCUUCUAUUCUUGUACUCCUUGGUUCUUGGAGAAGAGGAUUUCCAAAGCCUCAAGAGUCAGCAGGGCUUGCUGGUUGACUUUAGUGCGUUUCCACAAAAGUUUAUAGACCUGCUUAACUUGUGUCUGCAAGAGCAGAGUUCUAAUGUUCCAAGGUUUGUUCUACAUUUUGAGUGUCCGUCGUCAUCCCUGCUGGAUAGGAGCGUGUCAUACCUGAACGUGGUAGAAACCAACCCAUUCAAACACCUCACACAUCUCUCGUUGAAGCUGCUGCCAGGUACCGAUGCCGACACCUCCACGUACCUCGCAUCCUGUCUGAAGACUGUGAAGCAAGAAAAUAAAGACAUGGUUGUGCAGCUGAAUGAACUCGAUUCAGAACUCAACAGGCGACUAAAACAGACACAAGAGGUUUUGUCGGAGAAGACACAAGAGCUUGAUAAGCUGAGAGCGGACUGGGCAGCAAAGCUUAGCACAAUGAGUAUGAAGCAUGCAGAUGAGCUGAGAGCAGAGAGGGAGAAAACCGCGUCGACGCAGAGCACGGCGCAGGGAAGGUAUGAGAGAGACAGGCGAGAGCAGGAGAAGACACACACUAAGACCACAGCUGACCUGGAGUCUCGCAUCCAAGAGUUGGAACGCGGCAACAAGGAGCUGCUGGACAAGAAGUACAAGGCAGAGUCGACGAUGCGGGAACUGCGUGCGAAGUUGGGAAGCUCAGAGGAGGAGAGUCAUCGGACAAGGCAGGAGCUGCAGAGCUUGCGCAAGCAGCACACGGCAGCCGACAUAGACUGUCACGAGAAGGAAAAGCACGUGAAUCAGCUGAAGACGCGACUUGCUGUGCUGGAGCAGGAACUUCGAGACAAGCUGCAGCUCCUGACUCGAUCCAACGACCUCCUAGAAAACACGCAGGAGAUGAAGACGAAAGUAGAGGACAGCCUAGAACAGAAGCAGAGGCACACGCACAAACUGGAGGCAUCCAUUAGAGGCCUGUCUGAUGAGCUCAAUAAGGCUAAUGACAUCAUUAGAAAAAUGCAGGGAGAGGUCAGGAACUACCAUGGAAAGUUAAAAUUAAGGACUCAGAUAACAACAGAACAGGAGAAAGUCAUUGGAGAAAAGAGCCAGGUUCUGGAGAAGCAGGAGAAAGAAAUUGCUGCAAUGAAAGAACAGGUGGCUGUAUUAGAAACUCAGAAUAAAAAGAUGUCUGAAAAUUAUGAAUCGGCAUCAAAGAAGCUUGAGGGAGCAGAGCAGCAAUUGAAAACAAACGAAAAUGUGAUUAACUGGCUUAACAAGCAGCUGAACUCUGUGCAGCACGGCGGCUCCCUUCCUCCGUCAACCACGCGGGCCAGCGACCCGGCUCUACUUCGACCCACGUUCAGACCUCUUCAGGGUUCCUCUCACAGCACAUCCACACUCGGACUGGACAAGACCAGGUCUGGCUUUGAGGUGGUGAAUCCAAGAACUGUAGUGGCACAGUAUCAGGCUGCAGGUGGCAGCACUGGUCGACACAGUGCCAUGUCCGGAACAAGCAGGGAUGGCAACACACCUGGUGGCAUGGUGUCAAUUCCUGAAGAGUUUCUAGCAGACCCUACGCGACAGCGACCAAAUCCUACUACCCAUCUUAGACAGCAGCAUCUGGGCAAUAAGGAAAACGAGCAACCGUUGGACCCCAAGUAUCUGAGAUCAACAGAUAGCGGUAUUCCCGCGAGAACACUCAGCCGAGGGAUGACCCAUGCCAUCGGCGCAACACGUCCGACACUGUCGGGUACAACGACGUUACAGAAGAACGUGGCGCCCCCUGGUGGUGCGUCAUCACGGUCCAGUGCUCCGCCGAGAGCCAAUCAGCGCGUUGGACCACCCCUGGCGUCCGCUUAUUUUCCUCAGACGCAGCUAACGUGACAGUGCUGCCAUCUGUGAGCAGCGGUCUUUUGUAUUUCAAAAUUUAUAUUGAGUUUGAUUACCCACAGUGGUGACUGCACGCACGAUGUAUAGUGUUGUUUGACACCAGUGUGCGUGCAAUAGAAGAUGCAAUGAAUUUUUAACGUACAUUGAAUCUGUUCUGCUAUGGCUGCAUGGCUGCACCCUUAAUGCAUAUAUUAUUGCGUUGUGAAUGUACGGGAAAUAUUCAGAGAAUGAACAUCGCAAUAUAAUGUGAAUAGUAAAUGUGCACUAGUGGGCAGUCGUUCAUAUUGAAUUUGUUGUCAGAUGAUACCUAUGUUAGCGAGAUGUAAAUAUCUUAAAUGAAGUUACAUAGAAACUAAGAGCAAUUAGAGAUGUGUAGAAUUAUGUAUCAAAACAUUAUACAGGCAAAAUAUCGAGCCAUUUUCUUGGCCGUGUCAUCACAAAGGUUAUGAAGAAUAAUAAAUGUUGCGUGGUCUUUUGAAA